AUGUCGUAUCGUGGACCUAAUCAGUUUAAUGCCCAGUUCAGAGGGAACCAGCCGCCAGUAGGUGGCCCCAGCUCGAGCGCUGGAGGUGCAGUGCCUACCAACAUUGGCCCUAUAUCUUCAUCCAAGUCACCAUUGGAACAGUUUGAAGAAAUUUCUAAAACAGUAGAAGACUUGAUUGACGAACAUUCAAGACCGAUCAAGCCCUACGUUCCAGCCAUCGGUAGAGCGUUCAUUGUUGCUACAUUUUAUGAAGAUUCGCUCAGAAUCAUUUCCCAAUGGUCGGAGCAAGUGUACUACUUGUACAACUAUAGACAUAUCUGGCGUUGGUUGACGGUCACUUUUCUCUUCUUGAACGUUAUCACCAUGUUGGUUGCUUCCACAUUGAUGGUUUUGAGGAAGAAGAACGAAUUGGCUACCUCUGCCUUAGUUUCCGUUGUUUUGUUACAAGGGUUCUUCUAUGGAUUGAUAUUCGAUGGCCAGUUCAUCUUGAGAAACUUGUCAGUUGUUGGAGGAUUGAUUUUGGCAUUCUCUGACUCUUUGGUUAGGGAUAAGCGUUCUUUGUCCAUGCCUGGAUUACCCAUGCUCAACAACCAAGAUAAUAAGAAGUACUUCUUACUUGCAGGAAGGUUGUUGUUGGUGUUUUUGUUCUUAGGGUUUGUAUUCUCUGCUAAUUUGUCGUUCUUCAGAUUCAUCGUCAUUUUAAUUGGUACCGCUUCAUGUGGAUCCAUUAUUGUUGGAUACAAGACCAAGUUCGCCGCUUUUGUCUUGACGGUGUUAUUGUUCACUUAUAACCUUUUCGCCAAUCAAUUCUGGAAGUACUCUGCUCAAGACUCCAAUAGGGACUUUUUGAAGUAUGAGUUUUUCCAAACUUUAUCGAUUGUGGGAGGUUUGUUAAUCAUUGUUAACGCUGGUGCCGGUGAGUUAUCAUUCGAUGAAAAGAAGAAGAUUUACUAA